AUGAAGAUGCUCCCUCUGCUCACCACCCUUCUCCUGCUGGCUCUCCAGACACAGGCAGAAUCUCCCCAAGGAAGAGCUGAAGAGGAUCCAGACAGGGAGCAGCUGGUCAAGGAAGACCGGGAUAUUUCCAUAUCCUUUGGAGGAGAUAAAAGCACUGCUCUACAAGAUGAAG